AUGCAGGAUAUUGUAGUGAUUGGAGGAGGUCCAGCAGGUUUGUCUCUAUUGGCAGCCUUGAAAAGCUCACCUAAAACAAGACAUUUGCUGUGUACUUUGAUCGAGGGAAGCUCUUUACAGUCUGUUAGGGAUUUCUUAGUUGAGCCACCAGAAGAAUACACCAACAGAGUGGUGUCGUUGACUCCCAAAUCUGUUGAGUUCAUGCAACAGAAAGUUGGAAAUUGGGAUUUUAUCAAGCAAGACAGAGUCAGAUUCUACGAUAAUAUUGUAGCUUAUGAUUCGCAAGACAAUGACGCCAGAAUUGAAUUUGAUGCUACGCAAAUAGGUGCUGGAGUGUUGGCAGUCAUGUGUGAGAAUAUCAACAUCCAGAGCUCUCUUAUUGGAAGAUUGAACGAACUUGGUAUGGACGACUCCACCACUAUUCUUGACAACACCAAAGUCAUAGAUAUCACGAGUCCAAUCCAUCACGAUUUGGACCAACAUGAUCUCAAUGAAAUCGACGUGAAUCUGGGCAAGUCAGAUUUGGACUGGCCGAUCGUAAAGCUCUCUACAGGUGAAUCUAUUCAGGCUAGAUUAUUGGUUGGUUGUGACGGCUACAACUCUCCAGUGCGUAAGUUUGCUGGAAUAGAGAGCAGAGGAUGGCAGUACAACACUUUCGGAGUUGUGGCUACUAUCAAAAUGCAAUACGAAGACCACCGUUCUAUCGGAUGGCAGAGAUUCUUGAGCACGGGCCCUUUGGCGAUUUUGCCAUUGUCUGAAGAUAACGCUACAAUUGUCUGGUCCAGUACUCCUUGGUUGUCUGAGUUGUUAUUGAAAGUCAAUCCAGACAUCUUCCCACAUUUGAUCAACGCUGGUAUGACAUUGGAAGAAGUAGACUUGAAGUACAUCUACUCCAUGUUAGACAAGGAUCCCAACGACUUUAAGGUGUUGGACGAGAUCCAGUGGAGAUUGUCAAAAAUUGACAUCAAGUCGUUGGAGGAAAACUACCCGUUGCCAGUUGUGGAACUUAUUCAGAACAGUAGAGCUAGAUUCCCAUUGAAGUUGUCUCACGCUGAUACCUACGUAGCGCCCAGAGUCGCUCUUGUGGGUGAUGCUGCACACACUAUCCACCCCUUGGCUGGUCAAGGUUUGAACAUGGGCCAAUCAGACGUGGGAUUCUUAGUAGAUGCAUUAGAGAAGGGCAUUGAAAGAGGGUUGGAUAUCGGAUCUACCAUGGUAUUGGAUUCUUAUGUUGCUAACGCUUGGCCAGGUAACCAUAUGAUGCUAGGUGUUUGUGAUAAACUCCACAAGGUUUUCACUACCGAUUUUGGACCUGUAGUCUUGUUGAGAGGUUUGGGUAUCAAGUCGCUCAAUAUGGCCGAAUCCGUCAAGGACUUAAUGAUAAAAGCCAUUAGUGGUAGAUAA